UAUAAAGAAAUCCAAAGGGAAAGCUGCUUAAGUUCCUAACUGAAGAUCAGAAAGUCCCUGGAGACAGCAGAGAUAAUGGCAGUAGAUCUGGAGGAUUAUUUCCGUACUGUCUUUGAGGAACACCUCUUAAUGAAAGUGCCUGUGCGGGACAGAGGUCUGAUGAGCGGAGCCACACGGAUGAUUGAGAAACAGAGAGAGAUCAGAGAGGUGGAUAAACAGCUCCAGACACACAGAGAGGAGUUUGAGUUAAAGACGGAGAGUUUGCAAAGGCGGAGAGAUGAGGUGAAGAAGAAGGAGGAGAAACUGAAGGAAUCGCUGCUCAAAUUUGACAAAUUCCUCAAAGAAAACGACUCAAAGCGUGGUCGGGGUGAGAAGAAGGCAGAGAGAGAGAGGGAUGCUGUGCGUCAGAAGGAGGGAGAGAUAGAGAAACUGAAGGAGGAGUGUGCUGUCCUGGAGGCCUGGAGAUUGAGGCUGCAGCGAAGGGUGGAGAAGAGUGCCUUCUACUGGACCUUUCUGGAACAGGUCCUCAGACUGGCCAAGUAUGAGGAUGUGUGGGAGCUACUGGGGAGGUUUGCCACCCUGCUAUCCACCAAAGAGCAGCUGCGGCAGAGGGAGAGUGAGGUGCAGGAGCAAGCUGAUGGCCAACGGGGGGCGCUACAGAGACACACAGCGCAGCAGAGCUGCAGCAUUCUGCAGAAGAAUAACCUGUUGUCUCAGCUACAGACAGAGCUGGACCAGAUACGCUCCAACGCUCUCAGAUGGGAGAACACGUGGUAUCACAUCCAGACCACAGCGGCGAAGGAGACGCUUUUAUUGGGCCAAAUUAAAGUGGUGACCCUUAACCUCUACCACAUGAUGGGUGGGACCACAGGGCAGGAAAAGGGUGUGGCCAUCGAUGACACAGAGACACAGCUAAAGAAG